AUGGUACCGACACCUCAAGAACUAGGAGUAACUCAGCGCGAAGGGAAGGAGUACCUCAAACCCGAAGAAACGGUUGUUAUUUCCGGGAUGUCAGGUCUUUUUCCCGAUUCCAAACAUGUAAAGGAUCUUGCUGACAUUUUAUAUAGCAAGAAAAAUCCUGUUUCAUCGAAUCCACGGUGGAAAUGCAAUCACCCUGAAGUAGCGCAAUAUGCUGGCCGAAUACCAGAUUUGGAACUGUUUGAUGCCCAGUUCUUUAAAGUGCACUAUCGUCUGGGACAUAAAAUGGACCCGGUAGCUCGCAAGGUUCUUGAACUAGCAUACCAAGCUAUAUACGAUGCGGGUGUAAACCCGGAACAUUUUUGGGGAAAGAAAGUGGGAGUGUACAUAGGCACUUGUUUUUCUGAAACUGAAAAGUCUUGCUUCUACGUAGCAAACGUUUCAAAUGGAUUCGGUAUCGCUGGAUGCAAUAAAUCAAUGUUCGCAAAUCGCAUAUCCUACUGGCUGAAUAUCAAGGGGCCAUCGAUUAAUAUCGACUCGUGCUGCUGCAGCUCUAUAACGGCUCUGGAACUAGCUUACCUUGCAAUGACCCGUGGAGAUUGUGAAGCAGCCAUUGUUGGUGGCGGAAAUGUUUGUUUGCAUCCUCAGUCAUCGGUGCAUUCUGGAAGGACCAUGACCAUUAGUGUGGAUGGAAAAACCAAAUCUUUCGACGAAAAUGCAUCUGGUUGUGCAAAAACUGAAGCUAUUAAUGUUUUGUUUCUCCAAAAAGCUAAGGAUGCUUUGCGAGUCUACGCCGACGUCGUCCACGUAAAAUGCGAGUAUCAACGCCUUAUGGAAAACAAAACGGGUCCAAGAUUUGGAUUCUGUCGCGAUCCUAUAAAAUUGUCUGCAUUUUUAAAAAACUUUUACAAAGAAGCAAAAGUUUCACCACAGGCAGUUGAAUACGUUGAAGCUUUUGGUUCAGCUUUACCCGAGGCUGAUAAAAGUGAAUUAGAUUCGAUUGAUGCUGUAUUUUGCAACGAUAGAAAAAAACAACUUCUUGUCGGUAGUGUUAUGUCUAAUAUUGGAUAUGGUGAAGCCGCAUCUGGAAUUUCUGCCGUUAUAAAGGUUCUUCUGGGGUAUCACAGAGGCGAGUUGGCGGCAAACCUAUACUGUGAAACGCCAAGACGAGACAUUGAGGCGUUGCGUGAAGGACGCAUGCGCAUCGUUACUGAGCACCAACCAUUUGAUCGUACUUAUACUGCCGUUAAUGGCUUAUCUAUUACUGGAAUCAAUUCCCAUACACUCUUACAUGGUCAUUAUAAACCUAAGGAUUUAUCUCGAUAUAAGUCUAACAUACCGCACUUAGUUGCAAUUUCUGCGCGACAAGAUUCAUCGGUUAAGAAAGUUCUAGACGACUUAAAGUCCCGACCCAUCGAUCCCGAAGAGCUUGCGUUAUUGCACAACAUUCAUCAGUCAAAAAUUUCUGGUCAUGUGGGCAGGGGAUUUACUAUAUUAGAUACCAAUGCGGACCAGCAGACAAUAAGCCUAUGUGAAAAAGUGGACUAUUUUGACAACGCAAAAAGACCUCUGUGGUUCGUUUACAGUGGAAUGGGAUCACAGUGGGCUGGCAUGGGCACCCAACUAAUGCGUAUUCCAAUAUUUGCUGCUGCUAUUGAACGAUGCCGUCAAGUUUUGGAACCCAAAGGCGUUGACAUUGUACAUAUUAUCACUUCACCCGAUAAAUCUACUUUCGACCACAUUCUAAACUCUUUCGUCGGAAUAGCGGCCAUUCAAAUUGGACUCACUGACAUCCUUUGGGAGCUGGGACUAGUGCCAGAUAAAAUCAUCGGUCACAGUGUUGGCGAAUUAGGAUGUGCGUACGCAGAUGGAUGUUUCACUGCAGAAGAGAUGAUACUUGCGGCUUACUAUCGUGGUCUUGUGUCAGUGCAAACUCCAUUUAUUCGUGGUUCCAUGGCGGCAGUUGGCAUUGGGUAUCAAGAGAUAUUGAAGAUGUGCCCUCCUAGUAUCGAGGUUGCAUGCCAUAAUGGACCAGAUUCCAGUACAAUUUCAGGACCCGCAAAUGUAAUGGGGGAAUUCGUAGCUCAAUUAACUGCUAAAAAUAUAUUUGCAAAGGAGGUCCCAUGUUCAAAUAUUGCCUAUCACUCACGGUAUAUUGCAGAAGCAGGCCCCAAACUACUGAAACAUUUAAGUGAAGUCAUAAAAUCGCCUAAACUCCGCAGCGAAAAAUGGGUAUCGACUUCAGUGCCGCAAGAAAAAUGGAAUGAGCCCAUGGCUAAAUAUUCCUCUGCGGAAUAUCACACCAACAACCUGCUUAAUUCCGUGCUGUUCGAAGAAACUUCUAGAUUAGUACCAUCCAAUGCGGUGCUUGUGGAAAUAGCACCACAUGGUUUACUUCAAGCGAUUCUGAAACGGUCUUUAGCAGACUCUUGUCAACACAUUCCACUCACGCGUCGGGGACAUACUGAUAACGUGCAACACUUAUUAGAAGCUAUUGGAAAAUUAUUCAUGGAAGGAUACAAUCCUAAAGUGCAAGCGCUUUAUCCCAAGAUCGAAUUUCCUGUUUCAACUGGAACUCCAUUGUUAUCUCAUCUGGUGGAAUGGGCUCAUCAUGAAAAGUGGGAUUUACCACUGUACGCGUCAGCAAAUCGAAAAUUCACAGCAUCGUGUAAACUUGUCUAUUCGAUACAUGAUGUAGAAAAUAACUAUUUGACUGGAAACGUUUUACGAGGAAAGAAUACAUUCCCGUUCGCAGCUGCAUUAAUUGCAGUUUGGGAUGUACUGGCGAUGACUAUCGGGGUGCCCAAAAAACAAUUGUCAGUUCAAUACCACGAUGUUAAACUUUAUUCCCAGCCUAAUCUUCAUUAUCAACGUCAGUUACGACUUUUGGUAUCUUUUCUAAGAGGUACCGGGUAUUUCGAGGUCAUGGACGAUUAUUCUAAGAUUGCAACAGGUUACAUCGAGGGGGAUGUGGAUGAUAUAAAACCAUUUUUACUAGAAUUUACUUCAACUGAAGAACUUAAUUUAAAAUCGGUCGACAUUUAUCAAUUGCUGCACAACAGGGGUUAUGAUUAUAGCGGCCAGUUCCAAAGCAUUCACAGUGCUAACAGAUCUCUUACGGAAGCGAAAAUAUAUUGUUGCGACAACUGGGUAACCUUCCUUGAUGGUAUGCUGCAAUUAAUUGUUCUGAAACGUCCUCAUCACUCUGUGUCUCAACCAACAAACAUUAGAAAUAUUAUAAUUGAUAUCAAAAGACACUUCAACAGUCAAGAAAUAUCAGUGGGCGAUGAAAGAGUCAUGACUGCUAAUGUUUUUGAGAUAUAUAAUAGCAUCAGAUGCGGAGGUGUCGCAAUAGAGGAUGUUAAAUUCCGCGAUUUACCGCCAUUAGAAAAGGAAACAGAUUUGAUGACUUUGAAAUUUGUCCCAUACUUCCAACAAGACAGAACUGAUUUCGAAACAGCCAUGUUGGUAUAUUUGCAAAUCGUUGCAGAAAAUUUGAAUAAAAAUGUUAUUAGUAUAUUAGAAUUGUGUGAUCACAAAAGUGACGAAGUUCAUUUUCGGAAUCUUAAUGACAUUUUUAAGAACGUGCCUUUUAUAGAGGUCCAACACAAAAUGAUUUAUAGAAAUAAUAUUUUAUAUGAACGAGCCAACUUUUUAAUAGAUGUCGAUUUAAUGCUAGUUACAGAUUUAUCAAAAGAUGAUAAGGAGAUCCGCCAGAAGUCGCACCGCAGCAACAAAGCGCCCAAGCCGCAUCGAAGCAACACCCCGUUAUGUCAAACUCUGUACCGCGUACUUUGUCGAGAUACUUUCAUCUUAAACAAAGAAAAUUAUGCAAAGGAUUUAUUUAAUAGACCGUCAGCACUUUAUCGUAUUGUAAGUGCACAGAAUACGAAAGAUGAGAGGCUUGAACUAGUACGCUGGAGGCCUACAUCUAAUGCAGUCGCUACGAGUACCUAUACAGUGCGCUCUUCUUCUGAUCUUGAUCUAUUAUCUUCUACUCAAGCAGCAUUACCACAAAGACACAAGCUCCUUAUUAUUACAUCUUAUCCACCUAUAGAUGGACUGAAAAAUCUUGUUCAGCAAUGGCGAAAGGAUCGCAUCCAAAUCUAUGUGAUUAUGAUAAAUUAUAGAAUUUCCGAAGAUCAAAACAUUGAUCAACUGCCCAAUUUGGAUUUGGCGUUCAAUGUAUUGGAUCACGGACAAUGGGGUGGUCAGUUCUUCAUACCAUUACAGAAAAAAAUAUCUUUUACAUAUGACAUCACUCUUCAGAACUCUUCCCUCGGAGAUUUUAACUCUUUAUAUUGGGUUGAAAUGCCACGUAUUAACGGCCCUGGCGUGAAAGUAACCGUACAUUUUGCUGGAUUGAACGAUAAUGAUGUUAAGAAAUGUGCUGAAAUAAUUCCACGUAACGAUGACAGCAAUGAAAAUAAUUUCGGAAUGGACUUCAGUGGUGUAACUGAAAGCGGGGAACGUGUAAUGGGAUUAGUCACAGGUGGUGCUGUUAGUUCACGUGUUCUAGCUCGUCCCGAUUUGUUAUGGCCCGUACCAGAGCAUUGGAGUCUCGAAGAAGCAGCAACAGUACCUCUUGCGUACUGUUUAGCGUUCUACUGUCUUGCUAUAAAAUACAAUUUUCUUCCCGGUAUGACCGUACUUGUUCAUGGAGGUGCCGGAGCGUUGGGACAAGCGGUAAUAUCGAUCGCUUUAGGCCUUGACUGCAAAAUCUUCACGACCGUCAGUGAUAUCAACAAAAAACGUUUUCUGCGUAAAUUAUUCCCGGAGUUAAAAGAUGACCAGAUAGGGAAUUCACGCGACUCAACAUUUGCAGACAUGGUAUUAACGGCAACGAAUGGUAACGGUUGCGAUAUCGUCAUUAGCUGUAUUUCUGGUGAUCUUAAACACAUAUCCUUAAAAUGCACUGCAUCGUGGGGUGUAACGAUCGAUACGGCGCAAAUUACAACCCAAGAGAAUUUCUAUUUUGGAAUGCACGGCAUGGAUAAACAGAGGUCGUACAUAGCUAUUCAUUUCAGUCAGCUCCUAGCCCAAGAAAGUAAUGAGGAAUUAAGAAAAAUACAGUUGAUGGUGUCUGAGGGCAUUAAGCGUGGCUACGUACGUCCGUUAUCACGAGUCAUAUAUGCCCCCAUGGAGGUUUCACGUGCCUUCCGUCUGUUAGCCGCAAGUCGACACCGUGGACGUGCACUAAUCCAACUUCUACCUAACGAUAAUACUCAAGAGGGGCUUUCCCCAUACUAUAAACCUAGGUUGUCCUGCUCUUCAGAUUUAAGUCAACUAAUAUUUUGCAACAAUAACAAUUUAGGUUUACAGUUUGCAAAAAAAAUAGUUAACCGUGGUGCCCGAAAAGUUUACUUGCACUCUUUAAAACAUUCUGAGUAUCUUGAAUAUGAAAUCAGGUCACUGGUAAAACACGGUGUUCAAGUAAAGCUUACUAAUGAAAUAUUAAAAAGUGAAAACGAUAUUACAAACUUGUUAAAUGAUUGCAACAAUCUCGGCGUCGUUGAAGGUAUUUACAUAGUAGGAACUAACGAAAUGUCUGAUACUGGAUCAGAAAAUUUAGUUAGACUACUGGAUUUAGUUUCAAGAAAACUUUGUCCACACAUUAAGUAUUUUGGAGUGCUCAGCAUUAAUGUGGACACUGGUCUUCAUGUCUGUAUCUCCAGAGCUCAAGAUAGGUUGCCAGUGACGUUAUUGAAAGUACCCGCCAUUAAAAAGAUGGGUGUCAUUGAAGAUCUGUCUACUAAUGAAAUGAUAUCAGAAGUAGAUGCAAUCAACACAUUUGAACGUGCGUUGCGGUACCAUGAACCUAUAAUAUUUGCUCGAGUUCGCCCGAUGCAAUCUCAUACUCUUUUAGACAAAAUCGCAAAUGUAGCUGGGAUUGAAGUACCUGCUGAUGUGGCGGAAACAGCUACUUUAUCAGAUUUAGACUUUCAAGUUGAUAGAUCUAAAAUGAUUUCUACCUAUCUUAGUGAUGUUCAUAACAUUUCUAUAUCAGAAGAAGCAGUAUCCGAAUUGACAAUUCAAAAAAUACGGGAAAUAGAUGAAACGAUAAAUGAUAUGGAAUUUGAGGACACAAAAGACUUAGAUACAUUUUAUUCCCAUGUUGAUCUCGAUGAACUGCUUGCGACUACUGAAAUGGUGUUUUUGCCAACCCUUGCGAAUAGUUCUGAUAUGCGUGAUGACGAACUUGAUGUUAGUCAGACAUACUUGUGUAUUAUACCUGGCUUGGAAGGACAUCAUGUACGUUUCCGUAUUCUGUGUGAACGCCUGAAGGUGCCUGCUAUAAUAUUGCAGCCAGGUCUUGAUCGCUCUGAUGAAACUAUAUCCAAUCUAGCUCAGCGAUAUGCCGAGAUAUUACUAAAGAAGGCUCCAUUGAAAGAAAACUUUUAUCUAUUGGGUUACGAAAGCGGAUCUUUAGUAGCAUUAGAAAUGGCUGCUAUUUUAGAAGAUCACGGUUUAACCGGGACCGUAUUUUUCGUCGGUGAAUCUCCAGAAGAAAUCCAAAGCACUAUAAAGGAACGACUUAAGGAGUAUAACUCUGAUGAAGCAUUACAGAUUGCAGUCGCAAAACAUAUUGUCAAGUUAAUGGUAGGUGGUGCUAGCACAGAUGAAUUAGCAAUUGCUCUAUGCCGUGUACCAACUUGGCAAGAAAAGGUUGAAGAAUGUCUUCGUUUCAUCUUAGGCAGAGUGUCACACUCUGUACAGUAUAUGCAGGAACUUAUAGAAUCUGCAUAUGGUAGAAUCAAGCAGGUGUUGUGCUACGACUUAAAAGUACGAGCGCUACGAUCUAAAUUAAUAUUAAUACGAGCGGCGUCAUCCGCAGGCAAUCCCGAAGCGCUUACCUUGCAAAGUCAUUCACAGCAACCUAUUAGUAUAUACCAAUUGCGUGCUCCUUUAGCGUAUACAACUGAAGAUUUGCGUUGCUCCGCUGUCAUCAACAGCCAUCUUAAUACCGAAAUAUUGGAGGCCUUUGAAAAGAAAAAUCUCUGUGACACUUACCUGCUUAACGCCGAUGUGUUUGCGAAUUGA